AUGGAUGUGACUGCGCUCUUCACAGCUGAUCAAUGUAUACAUCAAGGUGGAGAUGACGCUAUGUACAUGUCCAAAGAGAUACCAACUUCUUCCCAUUUGACCAUGACGGGCAAUCAUCUUCAUACCGUUCCCAUCUUGGGUCGUAACACCGAGGAGUCGGUACUUCGCAUCAGUGUGCCUGUCAUGAACGGAUACGAGGCAACAGUCCGCAUCAGGAAGAGCGGCGUGUGGCUGCUGAUCAUCGCCAUAAUCGCCUACGCAGUCAAGGGGGACAUGGAGCUCUGUCUGGAGAAGGCGGUGGAUGGCUACAUUGCAAAGCCGGUGAACAGGUAG